CUGUGGGGAGCAGCGGGCGCGGAGGGGGAGUCGCUGCCCUCCGAUCUGUCGCGCAGAGCGUUCGUCGGCUCGAUGCUGAGAGAAAGUUUAACGAAAAACAUAAUAAGAAAAUCCCCCAGGUGCUGGGGAGGGCCCCCAGAAGGGCGGGCUGAAGCUGUCACCCGGUUUUGGGGUGCGCGUCGCGGGCUGUGGCCGUGCUCCCGCCUCCAAGUGCAGCAUCUCCCGGUUUCCCUCGGCCUGCGGGGUGUGUAGGCCGGUGCGAUAACUUACAGCUUCGGUUGCCUGGGGAAUGGGGACUGGUUGGUGGUGAUCUUUUAAACGGAAGAAGGCUUCGUGCUGCGCCUUCACGAGGAAGUGGAUAAGUUAUUUACAUAGCAGAACCUGGUCUGCAUCCCCACCCCCAUGACAAACAGCCCGUACCGCUCCCCUGACGGCCUAGCGCUCUGCUCUUCAUCUCCUGCAAGGAUUUUGGAAAUCCGAGGCCUGGGGACACGGUUGGGGCUUUCUGUAGCCCCAUGGCAAAAACAAGGUCUGGAGGAAAGGAUGGGGACUUGAAAAUCGGACACACCACUUCUCCUUUGGGCAAUAUUAAUGAAAGAUUGCAGGGGGGCAAUCUUCAAAAUUCAUCUGAAAAAGCAGCAAAUGUGUACAAAAGGAGCUCUGAGCACAUGGAUAUUCCAUUGAUUGGUUCCACUUUGCACAAGGAUAAGUGUCUAAAUCCCCACCCACCUUCUGUGUCCUCAAACUGCUCUGAUUGACUCUGAUGGAACAAAGUGUAUUGCCAAAAGAAAACCGCCUGUUCUCCCGCAGCUUAGAUGAGAAGCCUAGCCUGGCCAGCAGCCAGGGACUAGUCUGGGAGUCAUGAUGCCGACGCGCCGGUGAGCAGCAACGGGGAGAGCGGUAGAGCCCAUGGGCUAGAGGAGGCGAGGACACAGCUUGGUGUCUCUGAGUGGGAUCCAGACAAGCCUGAGCUGAGCAUGCCAGAGCCAGCGCCGCUUGGCGUGGAUAAGAAAGCCGUGGAGAAGAAGCGGGCGGAGAAGGUGGGAGCCAAAGGCAGUGCUGCUGGGCCUCCAGUCCCCAAGAGCCUCCCCGUGCAGAGGAAGGUGGAGCCCCCCAGCCUGGACCCCGCGGAGGAGCCGCUCCUUUGGGAAGGGCUCACCCUCAACAAGUGCAUCCUGGUGGCCUCUGUCGUCGCUUUGCUCAGCGUCACCUUCCAGGUUCUCCAAGCACCAUGCUCCAGGGAGGGAAUCAGCCAUGGCAGGCAGGACCUUCCACCACCUCCCCUUCACGAAGUGGUCAGCGCCCAGGAGGAGGAGGUCCAAGAACCAGUGACUGCCCAGCCUGCCCAGCCCGCCCAGCCCGAGAGCAGCAUGUUUGAGGACCAUGAUGGUGACGACGAUGGUGAUGACGAUGAUGAUGAUGACGGCGAUGCUGACAGCAACUUGGCAGAGCCCUGGAUCUUCAAGAAGUGGUUUGGCCGCUCAACACCGAAGGAUGAGGAGGAAGAGCCUGAGGAUGUCCCCGAGGUGUCGCCGGCUGCAGUGGAGGUGAAGAAGAGCCGGGAGAAGAAGGAGGAGAAGAAGGAGGAGAGGAAGGAGGAGAAGAAGGAGGAGAAGAAGGAGGAGAAGGCCCGGGAGAGCCGUGCUGCCCAGGUGGAGCGGAGCAGCCGAAGGGAGGCGCGAGCCAAGGACAGGGCACAGGGGGACAAGCCCAGCAGAGCCCCCAGGGCUCCCCGGGAGCCGGAGCAGCAGCCCCAGAAGAAGCGGAAGGAGGGGAAGGAGAGCAGGAGGGAGCGGGACGAGCCCAGGAAGGAGGAGCCGGCAGCGUGGGCAGCGUUCCAGGAUCUCUGA